GGGGAGGGAGCAAGGCUGCGGGGGUUGCCAGAGCCCUCCUCUCCGCCCCCCGAUCGCAGCCAGCCCUUUCUAGCCCCCGGCCAGCCUUGCUUGCGCUUGGGGAAGACCGACUUGGAGUUAGAUUUUUAUGCAUAUUUGUUUUCUCUUACCUCCCGCGCCGCCGCCGCCGUACCAUCCGGCCCGAUUCCCUUUCUGCUCGCUUUCGUUUUAAAGGACUCGAGGAGACGCGGAGGGGGUGUGGGUGAAACCCCCAAAAGGAACGAAGGAAGAAAAGAAAGCAAGCAGAGGGAAAAUGGUGCAUGAUCGCGAAGGGGAGAGGGGCGAUUUUCUCUCGUUUUGGGGGAUCGAAGAGCUGCUGGUUCCCAAGAGGGCGCCCACCGACCGGGGCUAAGGAGUUCGCCUCUUCCCUCCCGUUCGCAUUAUAAACACUGGUCGGUGGUGGCAUCCUGGCUCCUUCCCUGGAGGGACGGCUUCCCAAGAUUUGAAAUUCGUUGCUUCUCGGUUGGAAAAGGCUCGGAGGAUGUUGGUGGGGAGUUGAAAAAAUAAAUAAACCCACAACCCGGUUGCCCCCUUUCCACGCUUUUGCUUCCAGCUUUGGCGUAGAAGAAGCGUUUGAACUCCUUCUUUUGUUUGGGAAGUUUUCUGCCCCCUUUCCCCCCCUUCAUUCGCCCAGCGUUUGCUGAACCCGAGGGGGGGCGAGAGAAAGAGAGAAGAAAAAGGACUCGGGAAGCCACCAUGGCGUCUGUUUUUACCAAUGGACCCUGCAACCCAAGCGAAGCCGAAGUGGUUCACCUCUCCAGGAGCUUGGAAGUCGGCACCGUGAUGACUUUGUUUUACUCCAAAAAGUCCCAAAGGCCAGAAAGGAAAACGUUCCAGGUGAAGCUGGAGACCAGGCAGAUCAUUUGGAGCAGGGGAUCGGACAAAAUCGAAGGCGCAAUUGAUAUUCGUGAAAUCCAAGAGAUUCGUCUGGGAAGAAACUCUCGAGACUUUGACCGGUAUCAGGAGGAUCCCUCUUUCCGGCCAGAUCCGUCUCACUGUUUUGUCAUCCUUUAUGGCAUGGAAUUCAGACUGAAAACACUCAGCCUGCAAGCCACAUCCGAAGAAGAAGUCAGCAUGUGGAUCAAAGGGUUGAACUGGCUUGUGGCGGAUACCCUAAAGGCUGCUACCCCGCUGCAGAUUGAAAGGUGGCUCCGAAAGCAGUUCUACUCAGUUGAUCGCAACAGAGAAGACAGGAUUUCUGCAAAGGAUCUGAAAAACAUGCUGUCACAAGUGAACUACCGUGUGCCUAACAUGAAGUUUCUGCGCGAGAGGCUAACAGAUGUGGAGCAGAGAAAUGGCGAUAUCACAUAUGGACAGUUUGCCCAGUUGUACCAGAGCCUGAUGUUCAAUGCACAAAAAGGGAUGGCUAUUCCAUUCUUGGAAAGCAGUGCAGAGAGAUCUGAGCACUGCAGGGUAUCACUGAAGGAGUUCCAGAUGUUUCUGCUAGAAUACCAAAAGGAACUUUGGGCUACUAACCUCCUCUUUGUCCAGGACUUCAUGUUCAACUUUCUGAAAGACCCAUUGAGGGAAAUCGAAGAGCCUUAUUUUUCCCUGGAUGAGUUCCUUACCUUCCUGUUUUCCAAAGAGAACAGUAUAUGGAACUCGGAGCUUGACGUUGUACGUCCUGAAGACAUGAACAAUCCCCUCUCCCACUACUGGAUUUCUUCCUCUCAUAACACGUACCUGACGGGAGACCAGUUCUCAAGUGAGUCUUCGCUGGAAGCUUAUGCUCGAUGCCUGCGCAUGGGAUGCCGCUGUAUUGAGCUUGACUGCUGGGAUGGCCCUGAUGGAAUGCCAGUGAUUUAUCAUGGGCACACGUUAACUACCAAAAUAAAGUUUUCCGAUGUCCUAGCCACCAUCAAGGAACAUGCUUUUGUGACUUCUGACUUCCCUGUUAUCCUGUCCAUCGAGGAUCACUGCAGCAUCGCCCAGCAGAGGAAUAUGGCUCAGAACUUUAAGAAGAUCUUUGGAGACAUGCUGCUAACCAAACCAGUAGAUAUCUCGGCUGAUGGGCUUCCAUCUCCAAACCAGCUGAAGAGGAAGAUUCUCAUAAAGCACAAGAAACUGGCUGAGGGCAGUGCUUAUGAAGAAGUGCCAUCUACAGCUGUGUAUUCAGAGAAUGACAUUAGCAACUCAAUAAAGAAUGGAAUCCUCUACCUCGAAGACCCCAUCAAUCAUGAUUGGAACCCCCAUUACUUUGUCCUGACCAGUAGCAAAAUCUAUUACUCUGGAGAGAGAAGCAGUGAUUUGGGAAAUGAGGAUGAGGAGGAGCAAAAGGAGGUGAGCAACAGCACUGAACUCCACUCGACCGAAAAGUGGUUUCAUGGCAAGCUGGGAGCUGGGCGUGAUGGGCGACACAUAGCAGAAAGGCUGUUGACCGAGUACUGCAUAGAGACGGGAGCCCCUGACGGUUCUUUCUUGGUGCGAGAGAGUGAGACCUUUGUUGGCGAUUACACCCUUUCUUUUUGGCGCAACGGGAAAGUGCAACACUGCCGGAUCCAUUCCCGGCAGGAUGCUGGCAGCCCCAAAUUCUUCCUCACCGAUAACCUGGUGUUCAACAGUCUUUAUGACCUCAUCACUCAUUAUCAGCAGGUGCCACUCAGAUGCAAUGAAUUUGAGAUGAGGCUGACUGAACCUGUGCCACAGACCAACGCUCAUGAGAGCAAGGAAUGGUAUCACGCUAAUCUCACCCGGCCUCUGGCAGAGCGCAUGCUGAUGCGGGUGCCGCGGGAUGGGGCCUUUCUGGUGCGCAAGAGGAGCGAGCCAAACUCCUACGCAAUCUCCUUUCGGGCAGAAGGGAAGAUAAAGCACUGCCGAGUCCAGCAGGAUGGCCAGACCGUCAUUUUGGGUAACUCAGAAUUCGAGAGCCUGGUGGAUUUAAUCAGCUACUACGAGAAGCACCCGCUGUAUCGCAAGAUGAAGCUGAGGUAUCCGAUUAAUGAGGAAAUGUUGGAGAAGAUCGGGACGGCGGAACCAGAUUACGGUUCACUCUACGAAGGUCAGAAUCCAGGAUUUUAUGUGGAGGCCAAUCCUAUGCCAACCUUCAAGUGUGCUGUCAAAGCCUUGUUUGACUAUAAGGCUCAACGAGAGGAUGAGCUCACCUUCACCAAAAAUGCCAUCAUCCAGAAUGUGGAAAAGCAAGAAGGAGGCUGGUGGAGAGGAGACUGUGGCGGUAAGAAGCAGCUGUGGUUUCCAUCUAACUACGUAGAAGAAAUAGCUAGUCCAACAGGCUUGGAGCCUGAGAGGGAGCAACAGAUAGAUGAGAACAGUCCAUUGGGAGACCUACUUGGAGGAGUUCUGGACGUACCAGCCUGUCAGAUUGCCAUCCGCCCAGAGGGAAAGAACAACCGCAUGUUUGUCUUCUCUAUCAGCAUGGCUUCCAUCACACGAUGGUCACUGGAUGUAGCAGCUGACACACACGAAGACCUGUUGGACUGGGUGAAGAAGAUCCGUGAAGCCGCCCAAACCGCUGAUGCCAGGCUUUCGGAAGGCAAGAUGAUGGAGAGGAGGAAGAAGAUAGCACUGGAGCUUUCUGAGCUGGUCAUCUACUGUCGUCCUGUCCCCUUUGAUGAAGAAAAGAUUGGCACAGACAGGGCUUGCUACAGAGACAUGUCCUCCUUCCCUGAAACCAAGGCAGAGAAGUAUGUCAACAAGAUCAAAGGCAAGAAGUUUCUGCAAUAUAACCGGCUACAGCUUUCCCGCAUCUAUCCAAAGGGACAGCGCCUUGACUCCUCCAACUAUGAUCCUCUCCCUAUGUGGAUCUGUGGCAGCCAGUUGGUGGCACUCAACUUCCAGACACCAGAUAAGCCAAUGCAGAUGAAUCAGGCCCUGUUUAUGUCUGGAGGCCGAUGUGGCUUCAUGCUCCAACCAGGCAACAUGCGGGAUGACAUCUUUGAUCCCUUUGACAAGAGCACUCUACGGGGGGUGGAGCCGCUUUCCAUUUCCAUCGAGGUCCUCGGGGCACGACACCUUCCGAAAAAUGGAAGAGGGAUUGUUUGCCCCUUCGUAGAGGUUGAGGUGUCUGGAGCUGAUUAUGAUAACGCAAAGCAGAAGACCGAGAUGGUGGUGGACAAUGGCCUGAAUCCUGCCUGGGCUCAUAAGUCAUUUCACUUCCAUGUCAGUAACCCUGAGUUUGCCUUCUUACGGUUUGUUGUGUAUGAAGAGGAUAUGUUCAGCGACCAGAACUUCUUAGCUCAGGCCACAUUCCUGGUUAAAGGCCUGAAGACAGGGUACCGAGCCGUGCCUUUGAAGAACAACUACAGUGAGGAUCUGGAACUGGCUGCCUUGCUGGUGGAAAUCGAUAUCACCCCUGGCAAACAGGAGAAUGGGGAGAUUAGCCCCUUUGGAGCUUCGGCCUUCCGAGACAGGUCAGCAGAUUCUCCAAGCCAGCAGGCGGGAGGCAGAGCCAGAGAAGGAUCCUUGGAAGCCCGAUAUCAACAACCAUUUGAAGAUUUCCGGAUGUCACAGGAGCAGCUAGCAGACCACUUUGACAAUCGAGACAGAAGGGUCCUGCGAAAGACGCGGGUGAAUGGGGACAACCGCCUCUAACCCAACCUUUGCCUGCUGUAAAGCACCCUCCAGUGCUUGUGAUUCUCACGGAUUGCUGUGAACUGGUUUCUAUGGAAACGUCACUGCUUUGGCCUACUUUCAGGCAGCUUUUCGAGUUUCUCUUCCGAAGGGUGUUCAAGUGGAGAAUUUUUUUAAAAAAAGAAUCUACGAAUCAAUGGUUUCAUUGUCUUGACCAUGACCUGUAACAAAAACUCAACAGCAACAAAAGACCCUCUGCACCAAGCCGUAAACUUAGGUGUGCUGAACGUGUAUGUCUUUGUCAGUACCUAAGGCUGGAGGCAGUGGCCUCUCAUCGACAUCCUUCUUUCCCAAGACUGUAGUUUAUAGAGAGGAUAAUGCCCUCAGAGCUGUCCAGCAGAGCCUACAGGACCUGGAUCUAUCUAUCGUAUUAUUAUUAUAGUUAUUAAACUCCUUAAUCACAGCUUGUGCACAGAAUGUGAGGUGAUUUCCAUGGCAGAAAGAAGUAGGAGCGUUUCUCGUGGUAGUCAAGCACAAUCCUGGUAGGACCUACCAGGCCCGGCCUCUGUGGCCAUCUCAAGCUAUGCAAGGCCCUCGAGUCUGUCUUUUCCCAAACAAAAUGUUACUAAAAGUGGAUCAUGUAUUGCAUUAGCUACGGUUUUAGGCACACAAAGUGGCCACCUAUAUAAUCUUCCUUUGGGUGAUCAGUUCAUUGAAAAGUGUGAGGCAGAAUCACAUGAAGACUACAUUCUACUGUUUAAAAGUGACUGAGAUAUAAAGGGUUGAGGAGGGGAGGGGAAACCUGAGCCAAAGGCAGCUCUGCAGGAGUUAGAGCUCUUGCCACUGAAACAAACUUUUUUUUAAUUUGCUUCCCGUUCUGUUGAAGUUCAGCCAUCACUAAUGGGGCAGGUAUGUGCAGCAGAAGCUAUGGGCUCUUGCGGCUGGUCUCCCUGAAGAGAGGCACUGUGGCUGUGGCCAAAGUUUCCAGGCCAGGAAAACUACAAAAGGCAAUGUUCACUUGCUCUGUGACUUCACUGUUGCAUCUCCUUAUGGGGCAGGGGGAGACUUCUGCAUAUUGUCAAAUCAUCUCCCCCUUUCUGAGGAAGCCGCUACCAGUGUCCAUGGACUCAGGCCACAGGAAUUAGGCCAUCUUCUUCCUGCUGUGGUUGAGCAGGUGGGGGCAACUUUAACCAGUCAUUCCAUGUUGACGUGGCAGCAGUGAUGGUUGUGCUGCUGUGCUUUACUAGAGAAGCUAUACCACCCUUCCAACAGAACUGAGUUGUUUUUAUUUGGGCUUCCCAGAUAGGAGCAGGAGGCAAACAUGCUCCAGUCUCCAAAGGCAAGUUCCAUUUUCUGUGGCAGUAUUUUACUAUAUAUUGUUUGACUCUCUUAUGAGGAGCAGAGUCCUGCCUGACUCCUCCUGUCCUAUGGAUUCUGAUCAGCUGGCUGUUGGCUGGGACGGAUCAGACUGCACAAUAAAAAAUCCUCAAGUAACUUUA